GAUGGACAAAAACGAUUUUGGAGGUCCCCACCGGCCAUCCGGAAAGUUAACGACGCUUCAGGUUCUAGGCUGGGGACAAUGACCGCCUUUCCAAGGCUGCUGGCCCAGACAGAGGUCGGCGCGGAGCAGCUGAGCCUUGGGAGGCACUGGGGGUCCCUAGUUUCCUAGAGGGCGCAGAGGCUGAGACUCUCAAGACCGAAGGACUAGGUCCGCGACAGACCCGGGGUCUGCUGAGCGCCAGCCGGUAGCCAGGAACCGGGAGCUCCCGCGGGCUCCAGGAGCCCUCCCACUCUUGCCAACUUUCACUGCCCUGGUGCCGGAGGAGGGCGCCUUUCCUGGCGGGUCGCGCGCGAUACUUAAGGCGGCUCGGCUGGGCAAGGCGAUCCUCAGUCGGAGCGCCCGGCGGCACCGUGGAGGCAGCGCACCGCGGCGGGAGCCGGAGGAGGGGCAUGGAGCCGCCGCGGGCCUGCUGAGCACCGGAGCGCGGGCAGCCGGCGGCACGAUGCCGGUGCAGCUGACUACAGCCCUGCGUGUGGUGGGCACCAGUCUGUUUGCCCUGAUAGUGCUGGGGGGCAUCCUAGCGGCCUAUGUGACAGGCUACCAGUUUAUCCACACAGAAAAGCACUACCUGUCCUUUGGCCUCUAUGGUGCUAUCCUGGGUCUACAUCUGCUCAUCCAGAGCCUAUUUGCCUUCCUGGAACACCGUCGAAUGCGCAGGGCAGGGCGCCCCCUGAAGCUGCACUGCUCUCAGAGACCGCGUUCAGUGGCACUCUGCAUUGCUGCCUACCAAGAGGACCCUGAGUACUUGCGCAAGUGCCUUCGCUCAGCUCAGCGCAUUGCCUUUCCAAACCUUAAGGUGGUCAUGGUAGUAGAUGGUAAUCGCCAGGAAGAUGCCUACAUGCUGGACAUCUUCCAUGAGGUGCUAGGUGGCACUGAGCAAGCUGGCUUCUUUGUGUGGCGUAGCAAUUUCCAUGAGGCGGGUGAAGGAGAGACAGAGGCCAGCCUACAGGAAGGCAUGGAGCGUGUGCGAGCUGUGGUGUGGGCCAGCACCUUCUCAUGCAUCAUGCAGAAGUGGGGGGGCAAGCGUGAGGUCAUGUACACAGCCUUCAAGGCCCUUGGCAACUCAGUGGACUACAUCCAGGUGUGUGACUCUGACACUGUGCUGGACCCAGCCUGCACCAUUGAGAUGCUUCGAGUCUUGGAAGAAGAUCCCCAAGUAGGAGGUGUUGGAGGAGAUGUCCAAAUCCUCAACAAAUAUGAUUCAUGGAUCUCCUUUCUGAGCAGUGUGAGGUACUGGAUGGCCUUCAACGUGGAGCGGGCCUGUCAGUCCUACUUUGGCUGUGUGCAAUGUAUUAGUGGGCCUUUGGGUAUGUACCGCAACAGCCUCCUUCAGCAGUUCCUGGAAGACUGGUACCAUCAGAAGUUCCUAGGCAGCAAGUGCAGCUUUGGGGAUGAUCGUCACCUUACCAACCGAGUCCUGAGUCUUGGCUACCGGACUAAGUAUACAGCACGCUCGAAGUGCCUCACAGAGACCCCCACUAAGUACCUUCGAUGGCUCAAUCAGCAAACCCGCUGGAGCAAAUCUUACUUUCGGGAAUGGCUCUACAAUUCUCUGUGGUUCCAUAAGCACCACCUCUGGAUGACGUAUGAAUCAGUGGUCACAGGCUUUUUCCCAUUCUUCCUUAUUGCUACAGUCAUACAACUUUUCUACCGUGGCCGAAUCUGGAACAUUCUCCUCUUCCUGCUAACGGUGCAGCUGGUGGGCAUUAUCAAGGCUACCUAUGCUUGCUUCCUUCGAGGCAAUGCAGAGAUGAUCUUCAUGUCCCUCUACUCCCUUCUCUAUAUGUCCAGCCUCCUGCCAGCCAAGAUCUUUGCUAUUGCUACCAUCAACAAGUCUGGCUGGGGCACUUCUGGCAGGAAAACCAUUGUAGUGAACUUCAUUGGCCUAAUCCCUGUGUCCAUUUGGGUGGCAGUUCUUCUAGGGGGGUUAGCCUACACAGCUUAUUGCCAGGACCUGUUCAGUGAAACUGAGCUAGCCUUCCUAGUCUCUGGGGCCAUCUUGUAUGGCUGUUACUGGGUGGCCCUCCUCAUGCUGUAUCUGGCCAUCAUUGCCCGGAGGUGUGGGAAGAAGCCAGAACAGUAUAGCUUGGCUUUUGCUGAGGUGUGAUAUAGCCUCCAAGUAAAGUGGGAAAUGUGCAAUGGGUAAGGGAGGGAAUGGAAAAGAUGGGGUGGGAGGGAGGAGGGCGUGUUGUGUUCUAGUUUCAUGGCUGAAAGGAGCAAUCUGAAAUGCAAAUAAUAGUGACUGUGGUGUGGCCUGGGUAGCUCUGCUCAGUGGAAGCAUGGCACUGAUUCUUUAGGCUCAUGGCAGAUGGACUUGUAUGUUUCUAGGCUGCUUGUCUGCCUGCCCUUGCACAGGUAGUGAACUCUGAGAAAUGAAUUUACUUCCGUCUGGGAACUAUAGAGAACCCAGAAGUGUGCUAAAGUGUGCUAAGUGCUAAAUUCCAUCCUGUGUCAACUUCUGGUACAGAAGCAAGCAUGACAGCUCAUAGAAAGUGUCCUCCUAGCCCAGCUGAACAUGGUGAGGUAUAUGAGACGUUCCCGUCAAGUCUGGCCCGCUACUAUCCCAUUUCCCUAACCUCCAAUUAGCCAUCAAUGCAUUAAGAUUGUGCCUGAGAUAAUGAGGCCGGGAAGCCUGACUUCUGGUCAAAAAACAGGGUCUAAGAAAUGGUGCUUUAUGUAAUUAAUAUAUUCCACUCCACAUCAAAACAUCCCAGGGAUGAGCUAAGUUACCAGGAGUAAUGAGUUUGGUGGGGUCUUUUUGUUUUGUUUUGGGUGCACAUUACAAAGGAAAGUUUGUAAUGCACCAAAACAAAGGUGGCCAGUUGUUCUGGUGCACAUUUGUAAUCCAAGCACUUAGAAGAAGAAAGAGAUCAGAGGUUUAAGGUUAGGCUGGACUGCAUAAGAUCCUGACUGUCUCAUACAAAAAUAGUUUGACAGGAGGAUCAAAGAUUGUCAUGGUGCUAAAAACCGUGGAUGCCUUGGAUUGAAUGUGUUCCAACUGAAAACUGCUUGGUCUUUUACAAAAUUCCCAAAAUUGUCAAGAGAACUUGCUGGGCAGAUCGAAUGUUUUAGCCUUCUACCAGGAAGACUCAACCCCAGUGGAUUCAGACAAGAAGUCUUCAGUUAUUCUAGCUCAUUCAUACCUGAAUGACUCUCACAUUCAGCUCUCAUCCGAGGCUAGACAUCCUGCUCCCUAUUUCAUUUUUUUCAGAGCCACGUCAUUCUUAGUUGUUGUUUUCUAGUGAGGAGAGCAGCAGUUACCUCUUUCUUCAUUUUCCUGGGUAAAUUCCCAUGUGAACAUGGUAGAGAAUGGACUCUUACAAGACUGUUCCCUAUAUGCAUGGAAGUAACAACAGCCUCUGACCACACUGUCUCAGGACUGGUCAGGACCUUGGCAGCUGCUUAGCAUGUGUGACUUUCUCCAAUCGUCCCCAGUGGAAAGCUUUCUGGAGUUGCCCAAAUGAACCUUCGUAUCCAAGUUGGUCGCCUUUGAGAGCAUCCAUUCUCAGUGGCUUCUCCAAGGAAUUCUACGGCUAGGUAGUAGAUGCUCCUCCAUUUGCUGCUUCAGUCCAGAAACCAGACUAGGAGCUGGAACUGGUCCAACAGUCUUCGGUCCUCUUACACCCUCAUGGCUGCUUGAUUUUCCUGUUUCUUUUGAAUAAUGAUGAGAAGCUUUUAUACUGUUUUGAAGUCAAGAACAGACUCUGCUUUGGAUUUGAAACCUGGGAACAUGACUAAGCCUUUGACUUUAGGGGUAUAAUUUUUCCAAGCAUUUGUUCUCAGGGGGGCCAGCUAACCCCUCAGAACCAACAGAGUUGGAGAGCAGUGUACACAGGUGCUUCCCACAAAGGAAUGAAGUGCACUCCAAACCAUGGAUGGGUAAUCCCUUGUAUUGCCCUUCCUCUUAGGAACAAAAGGGUUUUUCCAGGUGUAGCUAACAGUUGCCACAGCACACAAACCUCAAGUUUCUAGUAAAUCUGCUGGCUGGUGUGAAGCCCAACUCAUGGUGGCUGGAAGCAGCAGCCAUUUGUCAAGGGCAGUUGUUCUGGGUCCUUCUGUUAAGAAGUGAACUAUUUGAGCACUACAAUGAAGACAAUCCAGUCAGCAAACUUCAGGGCUCAGACUAAGGGCUUGUUUUUCUUCAGCUUUUACUUGAAGGUUACAGGACAAUGGACUAGGAUGAAAAACUGGUUGUCUACCACCCAGCUCUUCUGCCUUGCACUAUGGUCAACUCUCCUCAGAUUAAAGAUGCAGGUACAGUAGUGAGCUUACAACAUUUGACCUCGACUGGAUUUCCUAAUUUAUUUUAUAAGUUUUCAGCAGCAAAACUAAACUGGGUCUACAGCUAUAUCCCUGUUUCUUGCAAGGGAAAAGCCUUUAUACAAUUAGACUCAUUUUGGUUUUUCCUCAUUGGCAAUUUCAGCCUCUUUUGUAUUAUUUCUAUAAUAAUUUGUAAAUAUUUAUUUUUACCUGCUUUUUUAUUAAAUAAGGAGGGAACUUUAUUUAACAUUAAGGGUGGGAGGGAAUCAGAAAGGAGGUGGCUAAUAUCAUGCUCUCGGUACAACCACUGAGCACAAUGCACAGGCCUCAUGCCUUUUAAGGAAAGUCACAGUGUACAGGUGUACAGCUGGAGCUCAUCUUCUUCAGAUAAGCCUUUAUCCAUGGUUCUACCUUCACCUUGCCUAUGCCCUUCAAAGUCCAGGAGGUGCUUUUGCUGUGGCAACACCACCUCCAGGUUGCCAGACAGGUUAUAGGAACUCCUCAUGAAGUGUAGAACUCUACCAGGACCCUUCUCAGAAUGAUCCAUCUGCUUCACAAUCUCUGCCAUCUUUCUCACCGUUCUUAUAAGCUGUAGUCAGUGCAGGUCCCACAACCAAUGUCCCCUGAGCUACCCCACCACCAGCCUUUGCAGCUUGUCCUUCUGUGCUCUGGGACUCCUGAUAGCAAAGCUCCCUACUGUUAUUCUUGCUGGUGUCCAUGUUCUUCACUCCAGUAUCAUCUAGUGUGGAUGCAAGCUGAAGAUGAUGGCUCCUCUUUUCCAGGACCAUCUCCCCACUCUGGGUAGUUGGUGCUGACCUUUGCCCAGCACUAUGAAAUCUAAGUCCCUUUCUUGAAUCUAAUGCUCAGGAGGCUGUAUGGCAUCUAGCACCACCACCUCAAGUGUGAAAUACUUAGGUGAGCUGAGGCCCUGCUGAACUUUUAGUUGCAGAAUGACCCAGUUUUCUGCUAGUUCUCAUUAAUGAGGCCAUUGGUGGUCACCCUAGUUCCAUGGAAGGUGUCUAGUCAGUUCCUCCAAUUCCCCAUCUUAUUUAGCUAACAAAUAGCAAAGCUUUUGCUGUGCCAAGACCACCUGCAUAAGGCAGCUGUUAGGGCACAGUUUCAUUCUUCUUGGCCAACUUUUUAUGCACCAGGUUCACAUUCACCAGCAGCACAUUCUCCUCUUUUUGCAAUAUUCCUUUUGUCCUGAAAGGUAAAGGUCAGUCUCUCCUUAGAAUUAAUGGCAUACUUCUCAGUGAGGCACUCACUGAAGUGAUGUAUAAGCACCAUACAUCAGUGUGCUGAUGCCUAACUUUUGGUCUGUCUCUUCCAACAGCUUAGUCCUUUUCUCUACCAAGACCUUCUGUAGCUCCUCACCAUCCCAGUUGUGGUGUUCCCAGGGCCAGGGUCAUCCUCCCCCAACUUCUGGCUCAGGAGUACUGUCCUUGUGGCUCUUCUUGAAAGGCCAUGGGGGUUGAUAAUGGAUAUUACAAGUCCCUCUUUCUUAACAGUGACUUUCAAGAUUUUCAACCUCAAUUUGGCUGGAACUAUUUCAAAGAGCAUCGCAUACUUUGUAGCUGCCCAGAAUACUGUGCAGUGCCAUUAGAGACCUGAGUUUCCGUCACCCUGCAGACCCACCUGUUGUGCACUGUAGGCGCCAUUCUGGUGCUAUUUUUUGUGCUCCUAAUGUUGCUGUGGCAGCUUGAUGACUCCCUAGAACUAAGAUGGUCUCACUGGGCUGCCACCAAGCCCUGAUGACACAAAACGCAGACAAUUUUGGGUUACAAGGCAGCGCUACCCUGUUGCUGGCAACCAUGAGCAGCUGCCCCUGACCCCAUUGUUUUCGUUGCCCUUAGAGACUGGCCUUUUUGUUGUUUUUUCAGAUCAAGAAUUUUUUUAUUGCACUUAUCAAAAUAAAAAUUUGUACAUAAUUCUGGCGUGUCCAUUGCUAUGACAAAGAACCAAAGUAAACUUUAAGGAGAGAAAGUUGACCAUGGCUCACAGUUUUGAUCUCCUAUUAACUGACUCAGUUUCUGGGCACAUGGUGAGGCAGAGGACACAGAAUAGAGCUUGUGCUUAAGCAAAGCUACUCACCUGGAAGCUGCAGGGAAGCAGAGGGCUUAGAGGAAGCCAGAGACAAAACAUAUUCUCAAGGCCAUGUCCAUAGUGACAGCUCUUCAUAAGCCUCUUACACCAGGACUCUACCAAGAGCUGUUUCUCCCUCAUGUUCAAGAACCACCUCCAGCCUCUAUCAGAGAGCUGUGCUGGGGACCACAUCUUCAACACAUGAGUGCUGGAGGUAUAUUUCAAAUCUAAAAAUACAACUGGGAUCUCAGAA